CCGGCGGGAGAGGUGGCUCGGCAGCCCGGGGCUGCAGCCCGGGCCGGGCUGCGCUGCGCUGCGCUGCGCUGGGGGAGCAGGUUUCUUUGUUGGCUGCCGGGUGACUGGUUCCCAUUAAUCUCCCGCACUGGUCGUGGCCGUCUCCACUUCCUGCCUUUGCAUACUUUUCUCUCCCUCGAUCUCAGUCCCUUCCCACCCCCUUCCCUCCCCCCUUUCUUUCCCUCUUCCCAGCUUCUCCAAAAAAGCUACAAUCUCCCGGGCUGCGGGACGGGGGCUGCAGGCGGCCGGCGGAGGGAGCGCAUCCCCGCGCACCUCGGGAGAGACUCCAGGUGUGCCUGGUGAGGGCUCCUGCUGUGCACUCACCCUGCUCAGUGCAUGUCUGCUCCUGUGCCUCACGUGGCUGCUCCAUCCCCAUCCCGGGGCCAGGCGUGUAGGAAGGAGUGUGCUCAACCAGUCAGAAAGGGGAAGCGUAUCUGAAAUAAGAAACUCAGCAUCAGCUGCAUAAACAUGAAAGAAUACAGGAAGUCCUGCAUGACCUUAUGAAUACCUGUGCUAAUUAAGUCACUGGCUUGGUACUGGGAGAACAGCAAGAUAAUAACAGAGUUUUGUCUGGGAAAUACAAAUCUGAGAAUGGAGUGGAAAGGGAAAUGCUCCAAAUUUCAGAUAUCCACAUUUCUAGGAAGCAGAAAUGACCAUGACUGCCAACAAGAACAGCAGUGUCAACAGCAGAGCUGGAGGGAGUAAAGUGCCUCAGGACACUCUGGAUAGGUGCCAGUCAGCUACUCCGCCGCCCCUGCUGUCCCCUCAAAGGAGCCCUGCCUACCCCCUCAGUGACAGUGAGGACUCCUCCCGCUCUACUGGGCUCUCCAGAGUCUCCAGCUCCAGGCUGUGCCUCAAGGACUGGAACAGCCGCACGUCUACGCUGCGCAGCACCUCCACGAGCCCGUCGGACACCGACUCGCCGAGCCGCCCCCUCAAAGCCAUCAGCGUGGGUGCUCUGGAUAAAAGGCUGUCCGUGUUCAAGGCCGACCAAAAGGAGAGCCCAAAUGAGGGUCAAGAUGGGGAAGCAGUAGGGAGCCAUCCACUCACCCGGAGCACUCUGUCCUUGGGCACUGCCACCAAGUUAAGGACCCUCUCCAGCAGCAGGGUGAGCGUCCGCUCGCAGACGCUGGACAUCAGGCAGAAGAUCACAGAAUGGGAGUGCCGCCGGGAGCUGUCCCCCAGGGCCAGCGUGUGUAUGGACAAGAGGGAUGCUGGGGAGAGGUCGGGCAGUGAGAGCUGCCCCAGCGUGCUGACCUCUCCCUGCAGCGACAAGACAUUUGAUUUCAAAGGGUUCAGAAGAAUGAGCCGAACAUUUUCCGAGUGCUCUUACCCGGAAACAGAGGAGGAGGAACUGCUGGACAGGGAUUCCUGCCAUCGGUUUGACAAGAGACCGGGCAGGAGCGAACCUCCUUCUGCCACUUUCCUUAAGAGCCAUGUGAGGAAAGAGUCUUCUGCUGUGCUCAACAGAAUCCAGAAGAUUGAGCAGGCACUGAAGGAGCAGUCAGGCAGAGGCCUCCCCCAGUUACCGAGUAGCUGCUACAGCGUUGACAAAGGGAGGAAAAAGUCUGGGACUCUGCCUGCUGUGGAGGGACUGAGUGAAACCCCGAGUGAUAGCAAAGGCGGGGGUGUUACUUUGGGGAGUGAACCAGAAACCCCUCCCGAGGCUGAGAAAAGCAGUAAAACAAAACAGGGCAUAACUGCGAACUCCGGGGGUCCCAAAGCGCUCCUGGAAAGCACACCCAACAGCGCCGUGAAUCCCGUCCCCAAGCCCAAACGCACCUUCGAGUACGAGGCAGACAAGUCCCACAAGAGCAAACCAAGCAAUGGCCUACCUCCAUCUCCCACACCUGCUGCUCCUCCUCCCCUCCCGUCCACGCCCGCGCCCCCCGUGACCAGAAGGCAGAAGAAGGAGUCGCGCUUUCACCGAAAAUCCCAGAACAGAAAAUCCUUUGAGUUUGAGGAUGCCUCAAGCCUGCAUUCCCUGUACCCUCCCUCCCCGACUGAAAAUGGAACCGAGAGCCAGCAUAAAUUUGGAUCCAAGAGCACUUUAGAAGAAAAUGCCUAUGAAGACAUUGUAGGCGAGUCACCCAAGGAAAACCCGUACGAGGAUGUGGAGCUGAAAGGCCGUCACGGGGGGCGAAAAUCCCAUCCGCUGUCCGAGAACUCCCUAGAUUCCCUGCACAGGAUGUGGACGCCGCAGAACAGGAAAUACACGGCACCUCCGCAGCUGCCCUCGAAGGCCGGCAGCCACUCCCUGCGCGUGGGGAACUGGUCGGAGAGGAAGAGCCACCGCCUGCCGCGGCUGCCCAAGCGGCACAGCCACGAUGACAUGCUGCUGCUGGCCCAGCUGGGCAUCCCCUCGUCCCCCUCCAGCCUCACCGAGGACAGCCUGAGCACGGCCAGCGAGCUGCUGUCCACGCGCCGCGCCAGGAGGAUCCCCAAGCUUGUCCAAAGAAUCAAUUCCAUCUACAGUGCAAAAAGGGGGAAAAAGCGACUGAAGAAACUUUCUAUGUCCAAUAUUGAGACAGCAUCCCUUCGAGAUGACAACAGCGAGAGUGAGAGUGACUCAGAUGACAGGUUUAAAGCUCACACCCAGCGCCUGGUGCACAUCCAGUCAAUGCUGAAGAGGGCUCCAAGCUAUCGAACCCUGGAGCUGGAGCUGAUUGAGUGGCAGGAGCGGGAGUUAUUUGAGUAUUUUGUGGUAGUGUCCCUGAAAAAGAAGCCCUCUAAAAACACUUACCUCCCAGAAGUGACAUACCAGUUUCCCAAGCUGGAGAGGCCGACCAAGCAGAUGCGGGAAGCGGAGGAGCGCCUCAAGGCCAUCCCACAGUUCUGCUUCCCUGAUGCCAAGGACUGGCUCCCUGUCUCUGAGUAUAACAGUGAGACCUUCUCUUUCAUGCUGACUGGGGAGGAUGGGAGCCGGCGGUUCGGGUACUGCAGGAGGCUCUUGCCCAAUGGAAAAGGCCCCCGCCUACCUGAAGUUUACUGUGUCAUCAGCCGCCUGGGGUGCUUUGACUUGUUUUCUAAGAUCCUGGAUGAGGUUGAAAGGAGAAGGGGAAUAUCUGCUGCCCUGGUUUAUCCAUUUAUGAGAAGUCUGAUGGAAUCUCCUUUUCCUGCACCUGGAAAGACAAUCAAAGUCAAAACCUUCCUGCCUGGAGCUGGAAAUGAGGUCAUCGAGCUGCGGAGGCCCAUGGACUCCCGCCUGGAGCACGUGGACUUCGAGUGCCUCUUCAGGUGCCUGAGCGUGCGGCAGAUCAUCCGCAUCUUCGCCUCGCUCCUGCUCGAGCGCCGUGUCAUCUUCGUGGCGGACAAGCUCAGCACCCUGUCGAGCUGCUCCCACGCUGUAGUGGCCCUGCUGUACCCCUUCUCCUGGCAGCACACCUUCAUUCCUGUCCUGCCCUCGUCCAUGAUUGACAUCGUGUGCUGCCCUACCCCCUUCCUGGUGGGACUGCUCUCCAGCUCUCUGCCCAAACUCAAGGACCUGCCUGUAGAGGAGGCUUUGAUGGUUAACCUGGGAUCUGAUCGAUUCAUCAGACAGAUGGAUGAUGAAGACACACUAUUGCCUAGAAAAUUGCAAGCUGCUCUGGAGCAGGCUCUAGAGAGAAAGAAUGAACUGAUAAAUCAGGAUUCAGAUAGUGAUUCAGAUGAUGAAUGUAACACCCUGAAUGGAUUAGUGUCUGAGGUUUUUAUCCGAUUCUUUGUGGAGACAGUUGGCCAUUAUUCCCUGUUCCUAACCCAGAAUGAAAAAGGAGAGCGUGUCUUCCAAAGGGAGGCUUUCCGUAAAUCUGUGGCCUCCAAGAGUAUCCGCCGCUUCUUGGAAGUUUUCAUGGAAUCCCAAAUGUUCGCUGGCUUCAUCCAGGACAGAGAGCUGAGGAAAUGCAGGGCUAAAGGGCUCUUCGAGCAGAGGGUGGAACAGUAUUUGGAAGAGCUCCCAGACACGGAACAAAGUGGAGUAAACAAGUUCCUGCGAGGCCUCGGUAACAAAAUGAAGUUCCUUCACAAGAAGAACUAGCUCCUUCCUGCUGAAACACCAACCCAAAACCUAUUCAUGGCACCGUGCGAGACACCUGCGGCGCGGAGUGCGGAGCAGGAGGAGAGCGGAGCGAGCUGAGGCAGCUCCAGGCGGUGACCCGUGGAUGCUGUGUCAGUGUGCCACACGAUGGCUCCUCCGUGGUUUUGGGCAGAGUUUGUACAUAAUGUGCUGUAAGCUUUUGUAACUGAUUUUGUAAUGAGCGAGAAAACUGUGGUAAAUAUUUGUAUAUUCCUGAGAAUACCAGGUGCUUGUUUUUUCCUUUAGUAUGAGUUGAGUUAUGCUUGGUGCAAAAACGAGUAGCUGAUUAUGUGCAGCUGACUGUCUCAGCAGAACCACUGACUCCAAGGGAUGUUUGAUGCCUGAACACUGCGGGGUGAAUGAGCUCGGGUACGUGGGAGAGGUUGUACGCACAGGCGCUUGUCUGUCUGUCUGUUUCCUUCAAACUGAUUUUAAAGGAGAAAUAACAAAGUAACUUAAUAAUAAGGUACUUGGUUCACAUUGCAGAACCUCCACUUGGUUUGAACUCUGGUCAGUAAACUCCUUAUAACCCACUGUGCACUAAGAUGCUAAGCCUGGGGAGAUCUCAGCACUCUGACAUGCAAGCUGCAGCGAGUAGGUACAGUACAGCCUUUCCUAGUGUAUGUAUGUAUGGAUCCUAAUAAACUCUGUAAAUAGA